CCCCAUAUCCCGGAAGUGGCCGGAGAAACCAUGAGCCGACAUCAGCUGCUGCCCACCCUUUUACUCCAGAUCCAGAAAAUCCACACCACGGGGCAACACCUGAAAUCCAAAACCGGGGCAGAGCAUCGCUGGCUGCAGAGACAUUUCCGAGACCCAUUUGUGAAGAGAGCCAAAGAGAGGAACUAUCGUUGCCGAAGUGCCUUCAAAUUGCUGGAGAUUGACGACAAACAUCACCUCUUUCGGCCUGGGCUGCAUGUCCUUGACUGUGGGUCAGCCCCUGGAGCCUGGGCCCAGGUGGCUGUGGAAAGGGUCAAUGCCGCAGGAUCUGGUGAGUGGAUGCUGGUUUGCAACCUGCUCUAA